GUUUGUCCUCAUGUGAAAACUUUCAUUGUGUAGUACGCAGCCCGUAAUGUCCUCGAAAUCAUAGGUUCGCUCUCCACUUCAACGGUCCCAUUUCGUCCAGACGGUGAUGUUGUUAAUACUCCCGUGUGCGUAAUCAAUGUCGUCUGGUACCGCGACCCUUUCCUGGUAUGUUAAUAAUGACGGAACCGAGGUUCACCAAUGCGUAUAAAAAGGAUUGGCCUGCAAAGUGCUGUUCCUUAGUGUAAUUUUUUUAAUUUUCUUGGUUCAUCUUUUGCAUACUCGAAAAAAUGCACUCGUGGCGCCGAAUUCUCUCGAUCUUGGCCCUCCUGUCAUCUGCAGUCGCUGUGCCAACUUCUUCAUCAGUGGUAUCAGCUCCGGCAGCUAGUCCAACUGUUCCUUAUGCCAGUGAUGACCCCAACUAUCCACUGUGGAAUGAAGACGAAGAUAUCAUCCCUGAGCCUAUCCGUGGCACACUUGGGGCUUCCAUCCUUGGACCUCAAAAUAUUCCGCUGGAGUUGCAAAACACCGACAACUUAGCUCCUCCUACCACCGACAGUGGCUCUGUGCCAAACUUCAAGUGGCCCUUUACCUUAAGUCACAACCGCCUUCAGACUGGUGGUUGGGCAAGGCAGCAGAACAUAAAUGAUAUGAGUAUCGCCACUGAUUUGGCAGGAGUCGAUAUGCGCCUGGAAGCAGGUGCCAUCCGUGAGAUGCACUGGCACAAUGAUGGCGAGUGGGCAUAUAUCAUUUCCGGCGAUCUUCGUGUCAGCACUGUGACUCCAGAAGGUCAAGUUUACGUCGGUGAUGUUUCACAAGGAGAUCUAUGGUACUUCCCUGCAGGUUAUCCCCACAGUAUUCAGGCCAAAAACACCACAGCUGCUGGUGCAGAGUUUUUGUUGGUCUUCGACUCCGGCUCGUUCAGUGAAGAUUCCACUUUCCUUCUUACGGACUGGCUGGCCCAUGUACCCAAAGAAGUUAUCGCAAAGAACUUCCAGGUAAAUAUUUCAGCAUUCGACGAGAUCCCAGCUACCGAAUUAUACAUCUUCCCGUCUACACCUCCUCCGGAAAACAUUGAGUCGGACAUGGUAAUUCCGAACGACACCCCGAUGCCCUACACAUUCGCCAUGUCGCAGGUGAACGCAACGCCGGCACCUGGAGGUUCAUACAAGGUCGUAGACACGCGUUCCUUCCCUGCGGCUACCACGAUUUGUAGUGCUGAAGUAACUGUCGAGGUGGGCGGUAUGAGGGAGCUUCACUGGCACCCCACGGAACCUGAGUGGACUUUCUUCAUUUCGGGCCAGGCUCGCAUGACCGUUUACGCAUCCUCUUCUCAAGCAAACACAAUCGACUUCCAAGCUGGCGAUAUCGCAUAUGUCCCGCCAUCGUAUGGCCAUUACGUUGAGAAUACUGGCAAUUCCACUCUAGUGUUUCUAGAAAUCUUCAAAUCAGGAUUGUUCCAGGAUAUUUCUCUCACUCAGUGGCUCGCACUGACGCCACACGAGCUUGUCAAAGCACAUCUCGGUCUUUCUGACGCUGUCAUUGACAGCUUUUCAAGGGUCAAACAGGAGGUCGUCGGUCCCACAUAUUAAUCAACUUCGGCGCUCUGGACUUAUUUAUCGGAACGAUAACACAAAUAAUUUGUCACGUACUUGUACGAGUUUUUGAGCGUUAGCACGACCUGUGAAUUUUGUGAUCGUACUGAAGAUUUUUUAUUCCUUAUCAUUUAGAAUUUGUGAUCCUUAUUAUGAUCAUGUUAUUUUGACUUUCAAGUCAUACUUGUAGCCAAUAUCAAGUUGACUGAUUCCCAGAUUCCUUGAAACCUUGGUGUGAUCAGUCUAGGUCGGAAUUGAGCUCCGAGGUUUGUUUGUUCAGUUAUGUAACUUGAUA